CCUCCCCUCCAUAUUUCUCCAUACUUUCCAUAUUCCUUUCCUCCAUUCAUCCGCACUGCACACCGUGUACACAGGCAUCAUGGUGCUCGAUUUAGACCUGUUUCGCACCGACAAAGGCGGCGAUCCUGAAAUCGUGCGGGAAACCCAGAGGAAACGAUUCAAGGAUGUGUCUCUGGUGGAUAAACUGGUCGAGGCGGAUACAGAAUGGAGGAAAUGUCGCUUCACAGCGGAUAACCUAAACAAGGCCAAGAAUCUGUGCAGCAAAGCCAUCGGUGAAAAGAUGAAGAAGAAAGAGCCAGUUGGUGACGAUGACACUCUUCCAGAAGAGGCUCAGAAUCUGGAAGCCCUCGUUGGAGAAACAUUAUCACCCCUCACGGUGACUCAGAUUAAGAAGGUGCGGUUACUGGUGGACGAGGCUGUGCAGAAGACAGACAGUGAUCGUCUAAAGCUGGAGGCGGAGCGCUUUGAGUUCCUGAGAGAGAUCGGAAACCUCCUGCAUCCCUCUGUGCCCAUCAGCAACGAUGAGGAUGCUGAUAAUAAGGUGGAACGCACCUGGGGUGACUGCACAGUGCAGAAGAAGUAUUCUCACGUGGACCUGGUUGUCAUGGUGGAUGGAUACGAAGGGGAAAAAGGAGCCGUCGUGGCUGGAAGCAGAGGAUACUUCCUAAAGGGACCUUUAGUUUUCUUGGAGCAGGCUUUAAUUAACUAUGCACUGCGGAUCCUGUACAGCAAGAACUACAACCUGCUGUACACACCCUUCUUCAUGAGGAAAGAAGUCAUGCAGGAGGUCGCUCAGCUCAGCCAGUUUGAUGAAGAGCUGUAUAAGGUGAUCGGGAAGGGGAGCGAGAAGUCCGACGACAGUUCAGUAGACGAAAAGUAUUUGAUUGCCACAUCGGAGCAGCCAAUAGCAGCUUUCCUGAGAGAUGAAUGGCUAAAGCCAGAGGAUCUCCCCAUCCGCUAUGCCGGCUUCUCCACCUGCUUCAGACAGGAAGUGGGCUCUCACGGCAGAGACACGCGCGGGAUCUUCAGGGUCCAUCAGUUCGAGAAGAUCGAGCAGUUUGUGUACGCCUCUCCUCAUGACGGCAAGUCCUGGGAGAUGUUUGAUGAGAUGAUUGGAACAGCUGAAGAAUUUUAUAAGUCGUUAGGAAUCCCCUACCGCAUCGUCAACAUUGUGUCGGGUGCUCUAAACCACGCUGCUAGUAAAAAGCUGGAUUUAGAGGCUUGGUUCCCAGGGUCCCAGGCUUUUAGAGAGCUUGUGUCAUGCUCAAACUGCACAGAUUACCAGGCUCGCCGCUUGCGUAUUCGCUACGGUCAGACUAAGAAAAUGAUGGACAAGGCUGAGUUUGUGCACAUGCUAAAUGCCACCAUGUGCGCGACUACUCGCGUUAUAUGUGCUAUCCUGGAGAACUACCAGACAGAGGAAGGUGUUAUUGUUCCAGAACCUCUCAAGGCAUUCAUGCCUCCAGGUUUAACAGAAAUGAUCAAGUUUGUGAAGCAAGCCCCUAUUGAACUGGAGGCAACCAAGAAGCAGAAGAAACAGCAGGAAGGAGGGAAGAAGAAGAAACAGGGUGGUGACGCUGAUAUAGAGAACAAAGUGGAGAACAUGUCAGUCAAUGACUCUUAGAUGCAAUCCCAGCCAAUCAUAAUGGUUCAUAAGACAUCCAUUUUUCUGUACCGCAUUCACAAACAUUAUCCACUGAAGCUGUCACAUGGUUUCAUCCCUGCCUCACUUUACUUUCUCUGGGACAGUCCUACUGUGGCGCUGUCUGUCUAACGGUGAUGAUGGUGUCAUGUUUAACAAUCAUAUUUUAAAUUAUUCUCAAAUCAAUUUCCUACAAAAGGGGUCUUUGAAAUCUUUAAUUAAAUGCAUGAUGUUGUGACAGACAUUUAGCCAUUAGAUGGAAAUGCCUUGAUGGCACUGUAAUUACCUGAGGCAUUGUAUUAUAAGUCUGCUGUUGAAUUAAAGGGAAAAUGCAUGGUCGUUACAGUUAGUACUGGGAUUAUUCUGCAUCAGUGCCACUUUGGAAAAAGUGCUUUAAUGAAAAUCGGUUCUGGAAAAUGGACAGACCUCUUUCAAUAUCCUGUUUUAUAAUUAAUAUUUGCUCAAUAAUUAUAGUUAUGGAAAUUGAUUACUGUGCACUUACUGUUCACAUCGUCACAAAAGUUAAAGUGAGCAGCGAGCAGCUUUCUGUCAUUUAUGUCUGUCUCUUGCUUCAUAGAAACAUUUCUUGUGAUUUGUCUGUUAAACAGGGAAUGUUAUUAUAUGUACAGUACUUGCUUAAGAUGCCUUGUGUGAGGAGUAUGAUGGCAUUUGAGGAUAAAUCAAUACCUGAAAGUAAA